AUGCAUGAAAACGAUGAAAAUGAUUUGAGUAUGUUUAAAUUGAACAAAUUACCUCAAUUUCCAAGAUUAACUUGUCUAAAUUUAAAUCUUUCUAUUGAAAAGUCUGAAGAAGAAUGUGAAAAGUCUGAACAUAAAGAAAGUCACCCAAAAUGCAGGAAAAAAAAAUCCAGAGAUGCCCUUUCUCAAAAUGUGAAUAGUGAAAAUACAAUCAUCUUUCAGCUUGGGUCAAGCAUUUCAAAAAAAAAAUGUAUAGAUGCCAUAAAGAAAAAAGAGGAGUUUUCAGAAAAAGAAAUGUGUUUUUCAAGAGCUAAUAAGACAGAAGAUAUUACCAAUACUCAAAAAUCACACGAAGAACUACUAAUAGUAAGAAAAAACUCAAACAUUGGAGAUAUUCAAGGCAUUUAUCAAAGAAUGUUGUUAGUUAGUAUGGAGAUCAAUGAAUCCAGGCAAACUCUUUCUGAAGAAAUUUCAAGUAUGAUUGCUGAAAUUAACCAUAUUAAAGAAAACUUGGUCGACUUUUGGAUAGAACUUACUCUCACUCAAGCCAAAUCAAUGAAUAAUCAUUCAGAAAGUAAUAGUGAUGCAGAAACUUUGUUAAAUCAAGCGUUAACUAAGCAAGAAUCAUUUUAA